AGUGGAACCUCACGCUGCUGUAACCGGUCCAUGCUUGAGAAAGAACGUCACUACAAUAAUGUUCUGAACUGCCUUUGAUGUUUUUUCUUUUUGUUAACCGAACAAUUGUUUGAAAGUCACUGGUUUAAUGUGAAAGAUGUCUAAAGAAAAAGCCCUUUUCCGUGAUCUAAACCCAGAUGAUGACCCUGAAACUACAGUUAUAGAAAGUUUUUGUGUCAACUGCAGAAAAAAUGGAGAGACAAGAAUACUUCUCACAAAAAUUCCUUACUAUAAAGAAGUUAUUGUCAUGUCAUUUGAAUGUGAAAAUUGUGGAUACAAAAAUAAUGAACUCCAAUCUGGCGGUCAGAUUGAUGAAUUUGGUGUAAGAUACACUGUUGAUGUGGAGACUGAAAAUGACAUGAACAGGCAGGUUGUUAAAUCUGAUUAUACUUGUGUUAAAAUUCCCCAUAUUAAUUUUGAGAUCCCUUCACAAUCUCAAAAAGGAGAAAUCACUACAAUUGAAGGAAUAAUCAAUCGAACGAUAGAAGGUUUGGUUCAAGAUCAACAUUUGCGCCAAAUCCAACAUCCUGAGGAUGCUGCUAAAAUAGACGAGUUUAUCAAUGUUUUAAAACAACUUCAAAAAGUUGAACAACCAUUUAAAUUGAUUGUGGAAGAUAUAAGUGGAAAUAGUUUUGUCGAAAACAGGUUUAGCCCAGCAGCAGAUCCUAAUUGCAAAAUUGAAAAAUUUAAACGAAAUCAAGAGCAAGAUAAUAUUUUGGGAAUUUUCACAUCUGAAAUGAUUGAUGGAUCUUCUGAAAAAGGUGUACUUCCUUCUAGUCCAAAGGAAUCAUGUACCUUAGAGGAUUUACAAGGGGAAAUAUUAUCAUUUAAUACUAAUUGUCCAGAGUGUGGAAGCCCAUGUGAUACAAGAAUGAAAGUUACACAAAUUCCUUAUUUUAAAGAAGUUGUAAUAAUGGCGACAACAUGUGAUGUAUGUGGUCAUAAGACAAAUGAAGUUAAGUCAGCAGGUGGCAUAGAGCCGAAAGGAAUUAAAAUUGAAAUUUUAGUUAAAGGUGAAGAGGACUUCUCAAGAGAUCUUUUAAAAUCUGACACCUGUCGGAUGCUCAUACCGGAAUUAGAACUUGAAGCUGGUGCCAUGACUCUCGGGGGUAAAUUUACAACUGUCGAGGGUAUCUUAAAAGAUAUAAAAGAUGGCCUUGAAAAGGGUGGAGCCGCAUUUGGAAUCUUUGGUGAUUCAAGGAAUAGUAAAUCGGAUAAGGCGAUAAGUAGUUGUAUUUCGCAGAUUGAGGAAAUAUUAUUGGGGAAAAAAUCGGUCACUCUGGUUUUGGAUGAUCCUGCAGGAAACAGUUAUGUUCAAAGUUUAUGUGAUGAAGGAUUGGAUGAAGGUUUAAAUAUAACACACUAUGAACGUUCUGAUGAGCAAAAUGAAGAACUGGGAAUUAAUGAUAUGAAAACAGAAGAUUAUGAAAAUGAUCAAUAAUUCCACAACGUUUUAAUUAAGAAGCUGUGAACUUUUUUGUAAGAUAAUAUAAAAUAAUAAUUUGUAUUAUUAGUUGAUUA